UUCAGAAAGCCUGAAUGUAGGGAGAAGGGCAUGAAGCGGUGCCCUGCACCCAAGGGCCUCCCCCAGGUGGGUACUCGGAAUCCAAAGGCGACUCUCCUUGUGAGCCAACCUCUGUUCCUGAGCCCGUUGGAAGUGAGUAUAUUUGGGGCGCCUUUCUACACCCUUCCACCCCACUUCCCUCUUGGGAGUGCCUGUCCAGCCCUCAGUGUAACACCCGCCUCCUCCACCCGCCUAUUGACAGGACAGCUACUCCGCUGUCAUCCCCGUGAUGACCGCCAGGGGUCGCCUUGGGCGCGCCAACCGUGGCACGGAAGAAAACCCUGCGGUCCGGAAGGCACUGGGUCUUCCAAGCCAGGAGGGAGCACACCCACCUCUGCGCUUCCUGGGGCUGGGGUGGUCUGGGUCAGGGAUGCUUGCUUGAGUUCCGGGGUCAUACCCUGCCCCACAAGCAUCUGACACUAGGGUCCGGCCGCCCCCAGCCCCUAAAUCUGCUCUGAAUUUCCUCCAUCUGUCCCUGAGGCAACAGAAUAGACAUGAAGUCUGCUGAUUCAUCCUUUCCUCGAGCACUUUCUCUGAGCACCAACUGUAUGCCAGAUAAUCCCCCCAGACAUACUGGAAAUGUGGAGUUGAGGAGGACAGGACCCAGAAUGCAACCUCCGUGAAGGAGGGACAGUUUGUCAGCACUGUUCACUUGCCGCUCCUGGCACACACAUCCCCUCAGUACCCAAAGUGUGUUUGGUGCUUACAGGAGAGCCUGGAUUAAAAAAGUGAUUGCACAAUUAAUUGAUGACUGUUGUGAGUGCUCCAGAUGAGCUCCUACCAUGCCUGGGCUGUUUUACUUACCAAGCUGGUUCUUAAUCUUCCCAAUUGUCCCAAACAUCAUAACCCUCAUUUUACAGCUGGGAAGACUGAAAGCACAGAGGGCAGUCUAGACAGCCUUAUGGUUUCUUGCCUUGGGAGUCCCAGUCUACAACAUUCUUCCACUACUCUUUGCCUGGCUAACUCAUGGUCACAGUUCAGGGUUCACUCAAAGGGCAUCUCCUCCAGGAAGCCUCCCCUGAUCAUCUCUCCAGUUCCCUGCUCCCCAUCUACCUGAUUAUGAGUCUGUCUCCCCUCCUGGACUGUGAAACCCUGAAGGCAGGAAGCAUGUAGACUCUGUUCCUCCUCAUCUACCUUUAGUACCUGGCUUAGUGUCUGGCAACAGGGUCAAGAGUGAAUGAAUGUUUGUUGAAUGAAUAAAUGAGAGCACAUAAAGCAGAUAGUGGAAAGGUGCAUGGCUCCAGGGCAUUAUGGGUAACCUCCUUGUCACUGGUACUCAGGCGGCCCACACCUGCAGGGCCCUGAUGGGAGAGGCAGAGGGUGUGAGGGUCCUGGAAGUGGAUGUUAUGGAGCUGCUGGGUAACUGGUGGGUCCUCCUCUGCUUGCCCCCACUCCCACCACCCACUGUCUCUCUCAGAUGAUGCUGUCACAUUCAGUGGGAAAGUUCUAUAUCUGUAACGCGGGGCGGGGUGUGAGGGGGGGUUGAUGUCCAUCCCAGUGGAACCAAAUGAACAUUGCUGAGCCCCCAUCUCUCCAUCUGGAAAAGGAAUGGGAGAGAGCCUGCUAGUGAGUCACCGUGAGGAUUCCACUGAGUGGGAUCACUCGUUAAAGCCUCCAGCCCAGUGCCUAGCACAGAGUAGCCCGGGUGUGCCCUGGGCUGGCACAUAGUUAGUUCCUGCAAGUCUCCCUUUCCUCACCUGGAAAGGAGGUUAAUGAGAGCCCCAGCAACCGAAGAGGGUGGUUUCAGGCAGAGGGAGCUCAGCACAGCAGCUGGCACUGAGCAGGGCCUUGUGAACAGCGGCUGCCUCCAUCCACGCCAGGCACUGUUCCAAGUUCUUCUACCCUGGCUUGAUGUCAUUCUCGCGAGUCCAGAAGUAAUUCCCGCUGACAUUCUGAUGUUUCAGUGAUGCCAGGUAAGCUCUCCUGUGUCAGAGCCGUGUCUGAGGAGUUGGGGGUCCAGAGUUUCCAUGGCAACCCCCCAGCCAUGUGUCCAGAGCAUCCUGAGAGUGGACCCUGGGCCUCCCUUGGGACCUCCCUGGGUGCCUGGUGCACGGUAGGUGUGCGUCAGGGUUUGCUGAAUGGACUAGAGGCUCGGGCACCCUGUGAGCCUCCCUGGGACCCUCUGGGUGUGGGGGGUAAAGGCUUGGGCCCCGAGUCCCUCUGGGGCAGAAUACAGCCUCCUGCCAGGCACACUGGGUGGGCUGCAGCCAGCCCUUGCUCCCUUUUCCAGCCUGGUCUGUCCUGCUGCCUGCGAGUGGCCCCCUGAGCAGCCCAGCCCCUCCUCUCCAGCGGGGCCUUGGCAACCCGGCCCUCAUUGGCUGCACGUAACCUUGGAGACGGGUCCCCGCAGAGCAAACAGGCCACAGGGCUCCGGGCAGAAUGGUUCCUCCCUCCGCACCCUGUCCCCUCCCACUGCCAUGAGGGAUCUCUGCACCACCCAGAGCCAAGCCUACUGGCGAGAGCGCAUCCAGAAGGAGACCACAGCCCGGGUCACCUGGAAGAUCAACUAUGGCCACAAGUACCUGAAGGAGGGGCCCAUGCCCAGGAAGCGGCUGCAGCGGGCCCCCCUCAGGUUAGCCUUGGGAGCAGGGCCCUUGCCUGCCACCAGCGCCCCUGAGAGCAAGGAAAUAUGGGAUGGAUGGCCAGAGACCAAGGGGGUCCGGGAUCAACUGUCCAAGGGAGUGGGCGUCCAGGGCCCCCCACCCAAGGGAGAGAAGGCCUGGGAGGCCCAAAGAGCCCCUCGGGGGCCAGCAGUCCAGACCAGGCCAGGGGGCUUAGAAAUGAGGCAGGUCCCCGCCGGCACCUUGCGGCUGCUCUUCCAAGGCAUCUCCCACGACGGCCAAGGCCGGGCCUCGUACCUCCGUGAGCGGCAUCGGCAGAAGCCAGAGGAGAAGUUUCUGUACCCGGUCUUGUCAUCCUGGGAGUACGGCUGGCACAUGGGGGACAUCAUGAAGGACACCAGGGCUCCAACGUAUGCCAGGUGCCAGCCCAUCUCAAAGACCUUUUACAUCAAGAGUAGCGUCUUCCAUUUUCCACGGCGAACAGACCAGCUAAGCUGAGCUCAAGGGGGGCUCAGAGGCUGCUCCUGCCUUCUCCUGCAGUCUGUGCGGACCCCGCUGCGCAGAGAUGCUGCCGCUCCACCUACCUUCCCUCCGUUUGUCCGGCCCUGCCUUCUCUGUGGAGCAUGAGGGGACAUGAGUGUUUUUCUCUACCUCUGGGACUCAGGGUGGCCCACCUGCAGCCUCUUGGAUGUCCUCAGGGACUUCAGCUCCUUGCACAGCCCUGCCCCCAGCAUCACCAGCCAAGUGUGGCUGCUCGCUGCCCUCCCAGUGUCCCAGCAGCAGAGCAGGAGGCAGGGGAGGGGCUCGCUAAGUGGAGGAGAGAAGUAUCUCCCUGUCUUGACUCUCUCUAUAUUUCAGUGAAGGGACCCACAGCCGAAUCGCUUGGUCCCAGUGUAUCCACCAGUUCAAGGAGGAAGUGGUUUCUAUGUUUACUUACUAUUUCUCUCACUGUCCCCCACCUCCACCCCGAAGUACCUGCAUGGGUCAGGUUUGCCUUGUUUUUGUAGCAAACAGCCACCACCUUUAUUGCUUUAACCAAUAAAGGCAUAUUCGUGCAGCACGGUGCACUCUGAUGGCCAGUGCGCCGCCUGUCGCCUGCGGCCUGCCAACCUGGGGAGCCGAGCCACUCCCAUCUGGUGGCUCUGCCAUCUCCUAGGGCUUCAGGGUCUUUCCCUGAGUCUCUCUGCAUCCAGCUGGGGACAAGGGAAGAGACAGAGUCUGGGGAGAACACACCCACUCUUAACUGCCUUGGUCCGAAACGGACCAAUGUCGCCUCCCGUCACGUCCUGUUGAUGAGAACUCAUUCCAUGACUUCUAGGUGUGUGAAGGCUGAGAGAGUUGUGUCUCUUCUGGUCAGCCUCUCAGUACAACUUCACAGACAGCCAGGCUCCCUACAGCUGAGAUUUGAGCUAAUUGGCCUGGCUUUCCCUCAUCGACUUCAGGAAAGUUCUGGAGUGGGGAAGAGCAAGAGGCAGAGGAUGUGAGUGAGGGCCAAAGUGUGCGUGUGAUUCAAAUGGAAUUCACACUGUGGCUUUGCAUGCACACCAGAGGUGCUUGGCAACAACCUGCUGAAUGUACUCAAAUACCAAAGAACACCCUGGAUUCCUCCAGGGGCCAUGUGAUUGCAACA